AUAAGCUAAAUGGGUUCAUUUUCUCUAUUGUUCCUGUUAGGUUUAACACUCAUUAUGGGUAGUCACGUUGCACAUGCCCAAGACUCACCAGCAGACUACGUGAACGCCCACAAUAAUGCAAGAUCAGCGGUUCAUACAAACGUUAAAAUUCCAAAUAUUGUUUGGGACAACAAAGUUGCUGCUUUUGCAAAAAACUAUGCUAAUCAACGCAAGGAUUGUCAACUGGUCCACUCUGGUGGUGGUGGCCGUUACGGAGAGAAUAUCGCGGAGAGCACUGGCAACAUGAGUGGCGUAGAAGCGGUGAAGUUGUGGGUGGAUGAAAAACCCUACUAUGAUUAUAGUAGUAAUUCAUGUGCUAAUGGUGAAAUGUGUGGCCACUACACUCAGGUGGUUUGGAGAAACACACAACGGAUUGGAUGUGCCAAAGUGAAAUGUAAUAACGGAGGAACAUUCAUUACUUGCAAUUACGACCCACCAGGCAACUAUAUUGGCGAAAGACCAUACUAA